AUGCAAAGGUGACUUUCAAAGUUUCUCAAACGUGUAUGGUUACCCGCGAAGUCCAUGCGGCGAGGAGAGAAGAGGGAAGAGUGCGAGGCACAAGAAUGUCCACAAGCAUGGCGAUUUUGCAGGGCCUUCAGACAUUUCUGCUCUCACAAACCUUCAUCACUAUCACUUUUCCAUUCGCGCUAGGCAAACUCCAAAGCAAUUAUUCUCUUCGCUUCUAUUCUCAUUCCGAUCUCUCUUGCACGUUCAAAACCACAGCUCCCUCGCGUUCAACUUUGAUCCAUGAUUUCUCUUCCACGCCGUUGGAAAAUGUCCGCACGUGUUUUUCUUGGCCGGUGACACCUAUUUGGCUGAGGUUCAUAUUCUCCGGAAAUGGGGAUUCCGGAAAAUAUUGUUGUUGGUUCUCAUGUUUGGGUUGGAGAUCCAGAAGUAAUUUGGAUUGCUGGCCAGGUACUGAGUAUCAAUGGAGAAGAUGCUGAAAUUCAGAUUAGUGAUGAGAGGAAGGUUGUUUCCCAUUUGUCAAAAUUAUAUCCAAAGGAUAUCGAUGCACCAGCUGAUGGAGUUGAUGACAUGACCAAGCUUGCUUAUUUGCAUGAGCCAGCUGUGCUGCAUAAUUUGGAAACUAGAUAUGCGAUGAAUGAAAUAUAUACUUAUACCGGAAAUAUUCUCAUUGCAAUCAAUCCCUUCCAAAGUCUUUCACAUCUCUAUGAUACUAAUGUGAUGCAAAGAUACAAGGGAUCAAUGGUUGGAGAUUUGAGCCCACAUGUUUUUGCUAUUGCUGAAGCAGCAUAUAGGGAAAUGAUGAAUGAGGUGAAAAGCAAUUCUAUUCUUGUUAGUGGUGAGAGUGGUGCUGGUAAGACAGAAACCACCAAAAUGCUUAUGCAGUACCUGGCAUAUUUAGGUGGUCACACUGCAUCAGAAGGCCGAACAGUUGAAAAACAAGUACUAGAGUCAAAUCCAGUUCUUGAAGCAUUUGGUAAUGCAAAAACUGUUAGAAAUGACAAUUCCAGCCGUUUUGGAAAAUUUGUUGAGAUCCAAUUUGAUAAGUUUGGACGAAUAUCUGGUGCAGCCAUUAGAACUUAUCUGCUUGAGAAAUCUCGUGUUUGCCAAAUCUCAGAUCCUGAGCGUAACUAUCACUGUUUUUACCUUCUCUGCGCUUCUCCUCCAGAGGAGAAAUAUAAGUUGGGAGAUCCUAAAUCAUUUCACUACCUUAACCAAUCCAAUUGCUACGAAUUAGUUGGUGUUAAUGCUGCUCAAGAAUAUCUUAGCACCAAGAGAGCCAUGGAUAUUGUGGGAAUCAGUCAGGACGAGCAGGAUGCUAUUUUCAGAGUUGUAGCUGGUAUUCUUCAUCUUGGAAAUAUUAACUUUUCAAAAUCAGAAGAAACUGAUUUUGCAGUUCUAGAAGAAGAAGAAUCCAAGUUUCAUCUACAAACAACAGCAGAACUUCUUAUGUGUGAUGUGCAUGCUUUGGAAGAUGCACUGUGUAAGCGUAUGAUGGUUACUCCAGAAGAAAUCAUCAAAAGAAGUCUUGACCCUCUGGGUGCCACAGUUAGCCGGGAUGGUUUAGCCAAAACCAUAUAUUCUCGUUUAUUUGACUGGUUAGUUCAAAAAAUUAAUAUCUCCAUUGGGCAGGAUCCUAGCUCAAAGUGUCUCAUUGGUGUUCUUGACAUAUAUGGCUUUGAAAGCUUCCAAACAAAUAGCUUUGAGCAGUUUUGUAUAAAUUUCACAAAUGAAAAGCUACAGCAACACUUCAACCAGCAUGUGUUUAAGAUGGAGCAGGAGGAAUAUACAAAAGAAGGGAUUGACUGGAGCUACUUAGAAUUUGUAGAUAAUCAAGAUGUACUGGAUCUCAUUGAAAAGAAACCUGGUGGAAUUAUUGCUCUGCUUGAUGAAGCUUGUAUGUUUCCUAAGUCAACUCAUGAAACAUUUUCACAGAAGCUUUAUCAGACAUUCAAAGAUCACAAACGCUUCAUUAAGCCAAAAUUGACACGUUCAGACUUCACUGUUUGUCAUUAUGCAGGAGAUGUUCAGUAUCAAUCUGAGCACUUUUUAGACAAAAACAAAGACUAUGUUGUUCCUGAACAUCAAGAGAUGCUAAGUGCUUCCAAAUGUUCAUUUGUAUCAGGUCUUUUCCCCAUUUCUGAGGAGUCAGCCAAAUCUUCUAAGUUUUCUUCCAUUGGUUCUCGUUUCAAGCUACAAUUACAACAAUUGAUGGAUACACUCAAUCUGACAGAGCCACACUAUAUUAGAUGCGUGAAGCCAAAUACACAACUAAAACCUUUAUUUGAACAUAUGAACGUCAUCCAACAAUUACGAUCUGGUGUAAGUCUAAUUAAGAAUUAAGUUCUGCCAUAUUUUCUGAGUAGAACUGUUGACACUUCCAUUGCCUGAUACAAUCUUACUAGCUACUACUUUCCUAUUCUCUUUCAAGUAAAUACUGGAUUUAUUCGGUCAAUCCUUAAUUAA